AUGGGCGAUGCCGCAAUGGCAGCGUUUGGGGCCGCUGCUUCUUUUCUUAGGAAGUCAGAUAUGGAGCGUCUAGAGGCCCAAACUCGUCAAUUUGACAUGAAGAAGGAGUGCUUCGUUCCUGACCCCGAGGUUGAGUUCGUCAAGGCAUCCAUCACGAGUCGGGACGGCGACAAAGUCACCGUUCAGACUGAGUUUGGAAAGACUGUCACAGUGAAGGAUUGUGAUGUCCACCCUCAGAACCCGCCAAAGUUUGAUAAAAUUGAAGACAUGGCGAUGUUCACCUUCCUCCAUGAGCCAGCUGUGCUGUUUAACCUCAAAGAGCGUUAUGCAGCGUGGAUGAUCUAUACCUACUCUGGACUCUUCUGUGUGACUGUCAACCCCUACAAGGGGCUGCCAGUCUACAACCAAGAGGUGGUUGUUGCCUAUAGAGGAAAGAAGAGGGCUGAAGCUCCUCCUCACAUCUUCUCCAUCUCUGACAAUGCAUACCAGUACAUGCUGUCAGACAGAGAAAACCAGUCUAUCCUUAUCACCGGAGAAUCCGGUGCUGGAAAGACUGUCAACACCAAGCGUGUCAUUCAGUACUUUGCCAGCAUUGCUGCCGCCCCGGGUGGGAAGAAAGAUCCAGCAGCUGAAAAGAAGGGAACCCUGGAGGAUCAAAUCAUUCAGGCCAACCCUGCUUUGGAGGCCUUUGGGAAUGCCAAGACUAUCAGGAAUGACAACUCUUCUAGAUUUGGUAAAUUCAUCAGAAUUCAUUUUGACAACCGAGGAAAGUUGGCCUCUGCUGAUAUUGAGACUUACCUUUUGGAAAAGUCUCGUGUGACCUACCAGCUCAAAGCUGAGAGGGAUUACCACAUCUUCUACCAGAUCCUGUCUCAGGCAAAGCCUGAACUUCUGGAAAUGUUGCUCAUCACCAACAACCCCUAUGACUACGCCUUCAUCUCCCAAGGAGAGACGACAGUAGCCUCCAUCAAUGACUCUGAGGAGCUGACAGCCACUGAUGAUGCCUUUGAUGUGCUGGGCUUCACUCAAGAAGAGAAGAAUAGUAUUUAUAAGCUGACUGGUGCCAUCAUGCAUUAUGGUAACAUGAAGUUCAAGCAGAAGCAGCGAGAAGAGCAGGCGGAGGCUGAUGGCACUGAAGUUGCUGACAAAAUUUCAUAUCUGAUGUGCCUGAACUCUGCCGACCUCAUCAAAGGUCUUUGUCACCCACGAGUCAAAGUAGGAAAUGAGUGGGUCACCAAGGGACAAAAUGUCGCUCAGGUGUCCUAUUCUGUUAGUGCACUGGCUAAAUCAGUGUAUGAGAAGAUGUUUAUGUGGAUGGUGGUGAGGAUCAACCAAUCCCUGGAGACCAAGCAGCCCCGCCAGUACUUCAUUGGUGUACUGGACAUUGCUGGAUUUGAGAUCUUUGAUUUCAACACCUUUGAGCAGAUGUGCAUCAACUUCACCAAUGAAAAGCUGCAACAGUUUUUCAACCACCACAUGUUUGUGCUGGAGCAGGAAGAGUACAAGAAAGAGGGCAUUGAAUGGACUUUCAUAGAUUUUGGUAUGGACUUGCAGGCCUGUAUUGACCUGAUUGAAAAGCCCAUGGGUAUCAUGUCCAUCCUUGAAGAGGAGUGCAUGUUCCCCAAAGCCUCUGAUGCCACCUUUAAAGCAAAGCUCUAUGACAACCAUCUGGGGAAAUCUGCCAACUUCCAGAAGCCCAGAAUUGUCAAAGGAAAACCAGAGGCUCAUUUCUCCCUGGUUCACUACGCUGGAACUGUUGAUUAUAAUAUCAACAACUGGCUGGUGAAGAACAAGGAUCCUCUGAACGAGACCGUUGUCGGACUCUUCCAGAAGUCUACCCUUAAGCUUUUGUCUACUCUUUUUGUUGGGUAUGCAGGAGCUGAUGCAGGUAUGUGGACACUCACUAAUUCUGGUGGGAAAGGGAAAGGUACAAAGAAGAAAGGUUCUUCCUUCCAAACUGUAUCAGCUUUGCACAGGGAGAACCUGAACAAGCUGAUGACCAACUUGAGGUCUACUCACCCUCACUUUGUCCGCUGCAUCAUCCCCAAUGAGACCAAGACUCCUGGGGCCAUGGAGAACCCUCUGGUGAUGCACCAGCUGCGCUGUAACGGCGUGCUGGAAGGCAUCAGGAUCUGCAGAAAGGGCUUCCCCAACAGGAUCCUCUAUGGAGAUUUCAAACAGAGAUACCGUAUUCUGAACCCUAAUGCCAUUCCUGAGGGACAGUUCAUCGACAACAAGAAGGCUGCCGAGAAACUGUUGGGUUCUCUGGAUAUUGACCACAGCCAGUACAAACUGGGGCACACCAAGGUGUUCUUCAAAGCCGGAUUGCUGGGUCUGCUAGAGGAGAUGCGUGAUGACCGUCUAGCACUAAUCAUCACUGGUAUCCAAGCCCGGGCCCGAGGCCUUCUGGCAAGAAUUGAGUUCCAGAAGAUCGUUGAACGCAGGGAUUCACUACUUGUGAUCCAGUGGAACAUCCGUGCCUUCAUGGGGGUCAAGAAUUGGCCCUGGAUGAAGAUGUACUUCAAGAUCAAACCUCUGCUGAAAUCAGCAGAGAGUGAGAAGGAGAUGGCCAACAUGAAGGAAGAGUUCACCAAACUAAAAGAGGCUUACGCAAAAUCUGAGGCCCGCAAGAAAGAACUUGAAGAAAAGAUGGUGACUCUUCUCCAAGAGAAGAACGACUUGCAGCUCCUAGUUCAAUCUGAGCAAGAUAAUCUGGGUGAUGCUGAGGAAAGAUGCGAGGGGCUUAUCAAGAGCAAGAUUCAGCUGGAGGCUAAAUCCAAAGAGCUGUCUGAGAGACUGGAGGAUGAGGAGGAGAUGAAUGCUGAACUAACUGCUAAGAAGAGGAAGCUGGAGGAUGAGUGCUCUGAGCUGAAGAAAGACAUUGAUGACUUGGAGUUGACUCUGGCUAAAGUGGAGAAAGAGAAGCACGCCACUGAGAACAAGGUGAAGAACCUGGUGGAAGAGAUGGCUGCUUUGGAUGAAAUCAUUGCCAAGUUGACCAAGGAAAAGAAAGCCUUACAGGAAGCUCAUCAGCAAACGCUGGAUGAUCUGCAGAGUGAAGAAGACAAAGUCAACACUCUGACCAAGGCCAAGGCUAAGCUGGAGCAGCAAGUGGAUGAUCUCGAAGGGUCCCUUGAGCAAGAGAAGAAAGUGCGUAUGGACCUUGAGAGAGCAAAGCGGAAGCUUGAGGGAGACCUAAAGUUAGCGCAAGAGAGUAUUAUGGACCUGGAAAAUGACAAGCAGCAAGUCGAGGAGAGGCUGAAAAAGAAAGAUUUUGAAAUCAGCCAACUCAAUGGUAAAAUAGAAGAUGAACAAUUGAUGAGUGCCCAGCUCCAAAAGAAAUUGAAGGAGUUACAGGCCCGCAUUGAGGAGCUGGAGGAAGAGCUGGAGGCAGAGCGAGCUGCCCGAGCCAAGGUGGAAAAGCAGAGAGCAGACUUAGCCAGAGAGCUGGAGGAGAUCAGUGAGAGGCUGGAGGAGGCCGGUGGAGCAACAUCUGUCCAGAUUGAGAUGAACAAGAAGAGAGAGGCCGAGUUCCAGAAACUCCGCAGAGACCUCGAAGAGGCCACUCUGCAGCAUGAAACCACUGCUGCCACACUCAGGAAGAAACAAGCCGACAGUGUGGCCGACCUGGGAGAGCAGAUUGACAACCUGCAGAGAGUCAAGCAGAAACUGGAGAAGGAGAAGAGUGAGUUCAGACUGGAGCUGGAUGACGUGGUCUCCAAUAUGGAACAUAUUGUAAAGGCUAAGAAUAAUUUGGAGAAAAUGUGCAGGUCUCUGGAGGACCAGAUGAAUGAAUACAAAACAAAGGCAGAAGAGGGACAGCGGUCCAUCAAUGACUUCACUAUGCAGAAAGCGAAGCUUCAAACUGAGAAUGGUGAACUUUCAAGGCGGCUUGAGGAAAAGGAUUCCCUGGUGUCUCAACUUACCAGAGGAAAACAGUCCUACACUCAACAAAUUGAAGACCUUAAAAGACAACUAGAGGAGGAAGUGAAGGCCAAGAAUGCUUUAGCCCAUGCAGUGCAGUCAGCUCGUCAUGACUGUGACCUCCUCAGGGAGCAGUAUGAGGAGGAGCAGGAGGCCAAGGCUGAACUGCAGCGCGGCAUGUCCAAGGCCAACUCUGAGGUGGCUCAGUGGAGAACUAAGUACGAAACUGAUGCCAUCCAGAGAACCGAGGAACUGGAGGAGGCCAAGAAGAAGCUGACUCAGCGUCUGCAGGAUGCUGAGGAGGCUGUUGAAGCAGUGAACGCUAAAUGUUCGUCUCUGGAGAAGACCAAACACAGGCUGCAGAAUGAGAUUGAAGAUCUCAUGGUGGAUGUGGAGAGGUCUAAUGCUGCUGCUGCUGCUCUGGACAAGAAGCAAAGAAACUUUGACAAGGUGUUGGCAGAAUGGAAACAGAAGUAUGAAGAGUCUCAGUGUGAGUUGGAGAGCUCUCAGAAGGAAGCCAGGUCUCUGAGCACUGAGCUCUUCAAACUCAAGAACUCAUAUGAAGAAUCUAUUGAACAUCUGGAGACCAUGAAGAGGGAGAACAAGAAUCUGCAGGAGGAAAUAUCUGACCUCACUGAGCAAAUUGGUGAGAGUGGAAAGAGUAUUCACGAGCUUGAGAAGAUUCGUAAACAGUUGGACCAAGAGAAGUGUGAGAUACAGACAGCCCUGGAGGAAGCAGAAGCCUCACUGGAGCAUGAGGAAGGGAAGAUUCUCAGAGCCCAGCUCGAGUUCAACCAGAUUAAGGCCGAUAUUGAGCGCAAGCUAGCCGAGAAAGAUGAAGAGAUGGAGCAAGCAAAGAGAAACCAACAGCGAAUUGUGGAUACUCUUCAGAGCUCUCUUGAGGCAGAGACUCGCAGCAGGAAUGAGGCUCUCCGUUUGAAGAAGAAGAUGGAGGGAGACCUCAAUGAGAUGGAGAUCCAGCUGAGCCAGGCCAACAGGCAGGCAGCUGAGGCCCAGAAACAACUUAGGGCUGUUAAUGCCCAUCUGAAGGAUGCUCAGCUCCAGCUUGAUGACUCUCUUCGAGCCAAUGAUGAUCUGAAGGAAAACAAUGCCAUGGUCGAGAGACGCAACAACUUGCUUCAGGCCGAAGUGGAGGAGCUCAGGGCUGCUCUGGAGCAAACUGAGAGAGGUCGCAAACUUGCUGAGCAAGAGCUGCUGGACGUUAGUGAAAGGGUGCAGCUACUGCACUCACAGAACACCAGCCUGAUAAACCAAAAGAAGAAGCUGGAAGCUGAUACAUCCCAGCUUCAGACAGAAGUAGAAGAUGCGGUGCAGGAGUGCAGAAAUGCUGAAGAGAAGGCCAAGAAGGCCAUUACUGAUGCUGCCAUGAUGGCAGAGGAGCUGAAGAAAGAGCAGGACACCAGCGCUCACCUGGAGCGCAUGAAGAAGAACAUGGAGCAAACCAUCAAAGACCUGCAGCACCGUCUGGAUGAAGCUGAACAGAUCGCCUUGAAGGGAGGCAAGAAGCAGUUGCAGAAGCUCGAGGCCAGGAUCAGAGAACUGGAGAGUGAAUUAGAGGCUGAACAAAGAAAGUCCAGUGAUUCUGUCAAGGGAAUACGAAAAUAUGAAAGACGAAUCAAAGAGUUGACCUAUCAGACAGAAGAGGACCGUAAGAAUCUUGUCCGUCUGCAAGAUCUGGUAGACAAGCUGCAGCUUAAGGUCAAAUCCUACAAGAGAGUUUCAGAGGAAGCUGAGGAACAGGCCAACAAUAAUCUUGGCAAGUUUCGUAAACUCCAACAUGAGUUUGAUGAAGCUGAAGAGAGAGCGGACAUCGCUGAGACUCAGGUCAACAAGCUACGGGUCAAGAGCCGAGAUGUGGGGUCAAAGAAAGGACACGACGAAGAAUGAAGCUCGUGGAAUGAA